CCAAGAUGGACAAAUUUCGUAUGCUGUUCCAGUUCCUCCAAUCAAACCAGGAAUCUUUUAUGAAUGGCAUCUGUGGCAUCAUGGCACUAGCUAGUGCACAGAUGUACUCUGCCUUUGAAUUCAGCUGCCCCUGUAUGCCAGAAUACAACUACACCUAUGGGAUUGGACUGCUUAUUAUUCCACCUAUUUGGUUCUUUAUGUUAGGUUUUGUAUUGAACAAUAAUGUGUCAGUGCUUGCUGAGGAGUGGAAAAGACCCACAGGUAGAAGGACGAAGGAUCCUUCAAUCCUUCGCUACAUGUGUUGUUCAAUCACACAGAGAUCCUUGAUAGCACCUGCAGUUUGGGUGUCUGUCACUCUCAUGGAUGGGAAGAGCUUCCUGUGUGCCUUCAGCAUCAACUUGGAUAUUGACAAGUUUGGGAAUUAUAGUCUCGUCAAGGGGGUGUCAGAGACGGAGAAGAUAAAACUGCUGGCAAAGAUUCCAUGCAAAGACCUGUUUGAGCACCAGGAACUAAGAGUCGCAGCAUCACGAUACAUCAAGUGUAUAUCACAGGCAUGUGGAUGGAUGUUUUUGCUCAUGAUGACCUUCACAGCCUUUCUGAUCCGGGCUCUACGACCAUGCUUUACACAGGCCGCUUUCCUCAAGACCAAGUACUGGUCUCAUUACAUUGACAUCGAGCGCAAGAUAUUUGACGAGACCUGUAAGGAACAUGCCAAGAGCUUUGCCAAGGUUUGCAUCCACCAAUACUUCGAGAACAUCAGUGGGGAGAUGCGUAGCUUCCAUCGGCAUCGCUCCUGCAAGGACGACAGCGACGAUGAUGAUGUGGACAAGAAGAGAAGUGAUGAAGACAAGCUUCUGGGUAUCAGGGCACAGGAUGAUAUGAAUCAAGUUUUGUGGAACUGGCACACCUGUAAGCCAGCUUUGGCUCUGAGAAAGGACCAAAUAGAUGUUGAAAACAACAAUGGCAGACUGAAUGGAGAAGCCAAUGGAGCAAUAAAUGGGUUUGUAAAGGGACACACCCAUGAGGUGGGGAAAAGGGAAUGGGCAGUGUAUUACAGUAAGGUCUGAGGAGUUCAAAGAGAAAAAGAAAAGCUCCAGUUGGAAUCUUCUUUAGCUUUCAAUUACAUUGUUUCAGAGUUUCAGGAAUUUAACAACUUUAACUUUUAGAAAAUGUAAAAUUCGGUUAGAAAUGUAACACUGCGAUCCAGUUUAAUCUGAAUUCUUUACUUUAAUGCACAGAACAUUUUCUGAAUACAUAUAAAGAGGAAUUCAGUACACUAUGCCCUGAUCAGCCAUAACAUUCAAGCCAGUCAUUGGUUUUAAUAAUGUGCCUGAUCGGUGUAUAGUUUGACUG